UUUGGUGCCCGCCCAACAAAAGCUGCAGAUUGCCAUCCCAGUGCACAACGUGUUGCUCCCUGCUGCACUUCUGCACUCAAACAACCUGCUGCUCUUCUGCAGCCCCUGUAGGCCACAGGCAUUAGGACUUAAAAAGUAUAGAUGUGAUCAGAGAAUAGGUGUCUCUUCUGAUUUAACAGAUCACCUGGACUUAUGAAUGAAAUCGGACCACAGCCAACGGGGACAGAGAGAGACAGAACACACCGUUGCAUUUCGAGGUUACUUUCCUGCCCUCACCAUCGGAGCAUAAUGGUGGCUUUCAAAGGAAUCUGGACGAAACGUUUCUGGAGGGCUGUGUCAGGAGAAUACCUGGCAAGCGUCAUCUUUGUGCUCCUCAGCCUGGGCUCCACCAUCAACUGGGCUGCAGGGGAGGCGAAGCCCCCGCCGGCUGACUUGGUGCUCAUCUCCCUUUGCUUCGGCCUCAGCAUCGCCACCAUGGUUCAGUGUUUCGGCCACAUCAGCGGCGGCCACAUAAACCCAGCUGUCACUGCAGCAAUGGUUGUAACCAGAAAGCUGAGCCUGGCAAAAGGUGUGUUCUAUGUGUUGGCUCAGUGCCUGGGAGCCAUCACCGGAGCUGGGAUUCUCUACGCAGUCACACCUGCAGAUGUUCGAGGGUCUCUAGGGGUGACGAUGGUGAACUCCAAGAUCUCAUUAGGACACGCCCUUCUGGUGGAGCUUUUCAUUACCUUUGAACUGGUCUUCACUAUCUUUGCCACCUGUGAUGCCAAACGCACAGACCUUAGUGGCUCUGCUAGCCUAGCCAUUGGCUUUGCAGUAGCUAUAGGACACUUAUUUGCCAUCCCUUACACAGGAGCCAGCAUGAACCCAGCUCGUUCCUUUGGGCCGGCGAUGGUCACACUUACCUUUGAGAACCACUGGGUGUACUGGCUGGGCCCCAUUCUGGGAGGAAUCUUGGCUGCAGCUUUGUACGAGUACCUUUACUGCCCCGACCCUGAGGUGAAGAAGAGGUUGAAGCAAGUCUUUAAGAAAGACUCUUCAGGGAAGUACAAAGUAGUGGAUAGUGAGGAGACCGUCAUCAAGCCAGGCUCCAUCCAUAACAUUGAUCUAGCAGAGAAAGUGGAGAAGAACGAUCCCUUCCAGGAGUCAUCGGGAGAAGUACUGUCCUCUGUAUGACUAUCACACGCACUGGAAAUGGAGACCAAUUUGUAAAGAAGAACGGCAAUCAAACUAUGCUGUAUCCAUCCUGAGUAAUGCCCCCUGCAAAGCAGAAUACAAUUUUUUGUCAGAGACACAACAAGGCUGUAUCGCUGUCGCAGUCAUAAAGUUGUGAUAAUGCAUUACAGCUAAAUCUUCCAAACAUCUGCAGCUGAUUCGAUACUCUUGUCCAGGAAUCCUCUGAAUUAUUGUUUCUGCACACAAUGCAGCCUGCUAAAUUGACAGCCAGCGAUGCACAGUGGAAGGGAAAUGUGUGCGCGGGGGUCAGUCAAUUACAUGGGGUCAUCCCGCUGUAUUGGAGGAGUGAGGAAGAAUAUGCAGCCUUGUUAUUUUUGGAUUAGUGUCACAUUUGUUCUGCCUUCUGUAUGUGUAAUAAAAGGCAGGGUUGUCCCGGUGAUCAUUAAGCACAUUACGGAUUUGAUGCAAUGUAAGACAGCUCUGACAAGCUGCGUGAGCAGAGCUGUAUUACACAGCUCUCCAUUUUCAGUGCAUUAAUCAGGGAAACAACUUGUUAUGCUUUCUGCAAGUUCAUCUCCACUUUACCGUCACUUUCUGCCGCGGUACUGCCAUUUCUUAUUUCCUUUUCGACGCAAUUGCUGAUAUUUUCUUUGUAGAUAAGUUAUAUUGUUUGUAGCCAUUUUAUUACUCUGCAUGCAGCAGAGGUUCCCUCUUCUAGCCACCCCACCCUAGAUGUAAACAUAAAAAAGAAACUCCAUACUGCAAGAAUAAAAAAAAAAAAACAGCUGCUUAAUCUGUUUGGUGUACACGUUGUUCUUUAUAAAGACAAUGAGCACUAGAUUCUAACUUAUGUAUUUUAUAUAUACAUUUAUGUUUUACCUAAAUCUUAAACUAUGUUUAAAAAAAAAUCUCUAUUAAUCAUCAAAGUUUGCAAUAUAAGAUGGACCAGGCCCAUUAUUUUGCAUGACUAAAUGAGGUUCAGACUCCUUUAAAAAAAACUCACUGUUUUGAUAGAAAAUAGAAAACUGACAAUCAGAGUAACUAGCAGAAAACAUUGUUUUUAUUGUUUUUACUGCUUCAUAAUGAAUUACCACUCUGGGUUGGGGAGCCAUAUCAUCCACAUGGAAAUUUACCACUGGAUGUCCAAUAUCACACGUUGAUGUAUAAAUUAUAAAAGGUGUGUUUGGCUGAUUGUAAUUUUUCACUGGUUUUACUUACAAUGGCUAAGAUGCUGUUAUAAUAUAAAAAAGAAAUCUGAAAAGUU